GCUCUGCUCUGCUCUGCUCCGCUCAUCUGCACGCCUGCUGCUGCUGACGCGACGGGCCCUGGUCGCUGCCCUUUGUGUGUGCGCAUGGGAUCCCUCCAUCGCUCCCCAUCACUGCAUUACUACGUGCCUGCAUACGCUCUUGCUACCACUUCUCACACUACCACCACCGCCACACCUCCCACUCUGCCGACGCCAACCUUUCCUCUUCCGACUCCUCCACCACCACCGCACCCCGUCGCCGACAUGGCGUUGAAGAGGUCGACCAGCUAAGGCGUGCGGCGAGCGUCCGAUGAUGAUGCCGCUGCUCGCUCAGCCGUACUAUGGAUCAUGGGCACCGACCACUGGGCGGAGGAACGGGACAGCGACCACUGCCUCCCCAGCGCGCCGUGAGCGGCUCCCACGCCCUCCAGCAAGGCCUCAAGAGGCCCGCUGUUCCCUCGCGCCUCAAUAAUGUGCGCUCCGUCUCGCAACCGGGCUUUUAUGUCGACUUGACUUCCGAUGCGGCUACACGACAGAACGCUGCUGCGUUUACGAACAAUGGCGGCUCACUAUACACUUCCCCGAACGUCAUCGAUCUCAGCGACGACGACCAGGCACGACCAGCGAAACGAGCCAGGACCGACGCCCACGUCCCUCCUCCCGGCGAAGGCGGCGUGCAGGAUCCCGCUCACCGAAGACGACCCGGCUCACCUCUUCCACCCCCUCCGGUUCCGCGACUGCCUGCGUGCAUGGGAAGGAGUCGUCGACCCGCGGUGGACAGGUUGGCACGAAGGGCGAAUGGCCUAGAACCACCACUGUGUGCGACACGCUUGCCGCUACCGAAGCAGGUGGCAGACUUUGCGCCUUGGAAUGGACAACAUCCCGAAGAUGUCAUGACAGACGGCGUGGUGAAGGGUGGCUACUACGACAAGCCUCCCGGGCCCAACUCGACGGAGACGAAUUCAGCGAAGCCGACCAUAUGGCCGAAUCUGUCGGCUAAGAACAACAUGGGUCUGCAGACUUUGUCAUAUCUAUUCACAUCCGUACUCGAAAAGAGGCAGGCACUCGGCAAGUGCACAGCGCCUUCGACCUUUAAGCCGCCCCCUCGUGUAACCGUAACAGAUACCAAACGUGAAGCCUGGCUGCGUGACCUCGCCAAUCCCGAGGUGCCCUUGCGAAAACAAAGUAGGACCAUUCCGCAUGGAAUCCGGGGCAAGCUGCUCAUGGAACAGUGUCUGGGCAAGAACAUCGCCAUGCCGCGCGCUGUCUGGCUGGCAAAGUGUGUUGGAGCUAACGAGCUUCGGGCUUUCCGGCGAAAGGGGGUCAGUGGCACUGCUGCCGCCGCGGGAGAAAGCAAAUGGGUCCGCGAAUGGACCGUGCAAGUGGAAUUCUUCCUCGAGAGCGUUAUUGCUAUGUGUGGACAGCCCGAGUGGCAGUCGAAGAUGGACUAUGCCGUCAAAUUGGCCACGGCGUUCUAUGCGGAGCGCCUCCUCGAGCGGGAUCACUACUUAGACUGGAUCGUCUCUUCGUAUGCACAGGCUACGACGGAGCGACUACCGAUUUGGAUCAUUCUAGUUCAGCUCUACUGGAAAGAAAUAACAAGCUUCGGCCGACGAGGGCGCCGACUUGCUGAGGCCACUCUGGAAAACUUGCAACAACUCACUCGGCUCGACUCGAGGGUUCACGAUUCGCUGAAGGCUAGAUUGCAGAAACUCGUCAUGAUCAUGGCUGUGACCAAUCGAGGCUGCCUCAUCAUUCCAAGGAGCUGGCAAAAGUAUCAGCACCUGCUGACACCCAAGACUGCAGCUCCCGGUACCCCUGCGCAGAAUAUCACCAAGAGGAACCGAAGAUUACUAGCUCCACUGAUGAAAACGCCACAGAACACGCGAUGUCCUCUGUUGACCUUGUACGGGAUUCUGGAUGCUCAUGCUCAUGCGCUGCACGUGGAUGUGGGGAGACUCGCCACAGCUUGCCAGGCCAUAAUCCCAGAGGUUGACAAAUUAAUUGCCGCGCUGUUGACAUGGUCCUCGUCAGUAUACCGAACCGGAAUAAAUCGAGCAUACCUCGCUGCCAAAGUCAUCGCGGUCCUUGCAUCGAAAGGUCUAGAUACCGAUGGUGCAAUACUGAGCUUCCUUGGGAUUCCUCAGUCAGUAUCUAUAGUGGCAGCUGACGUGCACCGCGUACUCACAGAGCUCGUACGCGAGAACGGCUUCUCUUGUGGAAGGUACCUCCAAUGGCUGAUCACGUCUGGUGCGGUUUCGGGAAGCGCAUCACCGGACCUCGCCACUGGCUUGCUCAUAGCGCUACCCGCGUCUGCUCUACCCGCUCAUCUGCAGAACACGCGGAAGUCCCUACUACACAGAAUCUCGGAAGUGAAGGAUGAGGGCAGCGUCGUUUCAGACAUACUGGGCGUGGGUAUCGACGAUAGUGACACAGCCUCACGCGUGCGCGUUAUGCAGCAAACCGAGAGUCUAGGCGCAGCUGCCAAGCAGGAGCUUGCUGAUGCGCUCACUGCACAAGUGGAAUACCUGGUGAAAGAAAGCAUUCUUACGCACCGAUGGUUCUGCUUCGCGCGAGAUGUGCUCGAGAUCAUACUGGAUAUGCGAGCGUUGCGGCACCUGCUUCAGAUGUCGAUGACCUCAGGCGACCCCGGCAUCUUGGCCAGUAUCAGUGAUACCAUCGAUUAUCAUCGCAAAUCCUUUGCAGCCAUGGGCUAUCUGAUGCCCAUGGUGGACGACUUGCUUGAACACUAUCGAGUCUUGCGGUCGCAACAAGCACUUGACAGAGCACUUAUCAUCUCGCUCAUUACUUUGACCAAGCCAUGGGCCGACAAGAUGCAUCUUUUGCAAAGCCAACAGAUCCUCGGCGCCUUGCCCAAUGAUCUACUGAUCUGCGAACAGCAGACUUCCAUGGCUGUCUGCUCGCCCGCAUCCGAUAGUCUGGUUAGCAUGCAAGCGGGUAGCCUUGACUCUGACCAGGAAAUCGAUGCAGUAUUCGCUAGUGGGAAUACUAUGGACGAGCAGCUGAUGCAACGGGUAUUUGCGAGAAUUGCGCAGCGCGCAGGCAAAUUCGAAAGCGAGCAAGAUCAUGCCGCCAGCAAACUUUGUGCAUGGCUCACGCAGCUCCGUGCCGUCGAUGCCAGCAACUUUGACCUACUCGCCACGAAUCAUGUGCAGGCGUGUCUCAGAAGCUCUGGCGACGCGGCCUCCUCAUUGACAUUGAUCAGUGCACUUGUCGCCAGCGGAUGCAUGGAACUCGAGACAAUUAUUGGCUUGGCCCAGAAUAUGAAGACACCAGCAUCAGCGUGCACCAUGGUCCGUCUUCUCACGGCAACAGCCAGCAUAUGCGUGGGGCUUGGCGAGCACGAAGCCUACCGCUUUCGAGUCAUCCAGCAGCGAGCCUGUCAGACUUCUGCCGAUGCCUUGGUUCCACUACUCGUCACUGCCAUGGACGACAACAAGUUCCCUGCUUCUGAUCCAGGCAUAAUCACGUUGCUUCUGGAGUACACUGUCAGCAGAUAUCAAGUUUGCCUACGUGCGCUAACAAGCGCUCGUCCGUCACCAGCGUUCCUCUCCAAUUGUACGAAGCUCGUCACGAAAAUGCUGUCUCCGUCCUGCGAUGAGUAUGUUUCAGUGGUCGGCCUUGAUGCGAAGACGAUCAUUGGUCUCGCCGACGCUAUCUCUGUUGCGCAAUGUACGAUGGCACUGGCUCUGCUCGCCAAGAAGGAGGCAUUGCGAGGAUUGCCAAAUGAGAGUACCCUGCAGCCAGCAAUACUUGACGCCAUCGUCCAUGGAAGCGAAAUAUGGCCACAACUACUCGAAAGCGCUGGGCAGGACACAGUUCGCAGCAUUUACCAAUGGGCAAAAGACCAAGUGUUGGUCUGUGCGUCUUUGGAAACCGGUCCCGCUAGUAUCGAUGAAGCUAAAGCCAGUCGCAAUCUUGAUAUUUUGUGUGUUGCUCACCACGCUGCCAAAGACAACAGCAAGUCUCAGAUCGUCUCGAGCAUCUUGGACAGACUAAAAGAAUUAUUGGAGCGCUUGCCAAAGGAACCCCUCGGUGUAGAGCAUAAACAAUACCUCAUGGCCUUGCGGAUUCUCCUCCAUCUCUGCAUCCUCUACGCCUGCGAUCCAACGUCGGACCGUGAGGGCCCUCGAACCAGUCGCGAAAGCCUCCUCGCAACACUGUGCAUAUUUCUUGGACAUCCCGGCCUGCAGUGCCAUCAGGAGAUCCUGGAAUACAUUCACGAUGUUGCAUCUGCUCUUUCGGAUGCAUUGCCUGCUGAAUCUCUGACCGCUCUGGGGCACGCAAUGCUUCGCAAUGGAGUCCGUGACCCACGACUAGCUUUCAUUCUUGGAAUGAUCAACAAUCCUGACGCUUGGCUUGCUCUCGUAUCUUAUCCGCAGCCGCAACCCGGUGGGGGAAGUGCGCAGGCUAAGGCGCUGUUGCAACGAGCUGCGCAGCAACAACAACAAGCGCAAGCUGCGGGCAGACCUGGUCCGAUGUCUGGCGCUGGAGGGUCCGCUGUCCUGCAGCGUGCCAUGUCUUUGAGAGCUGGACAGCAACCGCAGGGCGAGCCUAAGGUUGUACCUUAUACACUUCGGCGAUGGGAGAUGAUGAGUGAUGCGACGCCCAGCAUGGGAGACAACGAUACGAGUCUCAGUCUUGGAUUGUUUGGAGCAAGGAAAGUGUAUUGAAUGGCAAUUGCACUUGGCAGGAGUACGAAUCGAAGGGACAUGGACAGCAUUGAGCUUCCGUCCAAAAGGAUGACGAUAUUAAUUGGAAGAAAUGGUGUACAACGGCGUAUCUUGGGAAUGAAUUUUGGGAUUGGCGGGAACAGAACGAAUGCAGUCUGGUUGGUGGCAUUUGAUGGGAAUAUCAUGGAAUCACGAUCAACGGAGCACAACAGGGCGAUCUUUUCAUCCUAUUUCUUUUUUCUUCUGGUUUUAUUUUACUCGGCAUUUCUGGAAGCGUUCAAGCGGUCAGGAGCUGUGUAUCCUUUAUUCGUGCUCACUGGCAUUGUUUUCGGUUCUUCGAAGAUGUAUGAGUGGUAGACUGGUGCGAGGGCCUAGAGGGGCAGAUUGAUGGAGAAGUAGAGCAUAUAGUGGAACACUGUAUGAUGAGAUGCAAAUUCUAGUUCAGAGUUUCGAGUUGCUGUCAUUUUUGC